ACUGGAAAUAUGCUGAAAGGGGCGGGAUGAAGACUAUGUCAUCAACUCUAGACGCUUUGUUGUUCUUGCGGGACAUAGACCGAGAAAAUCAUUUUUAAUUCGUUGUAAACAACCCGGGUUAAGCAAAGAUACCAUUUCACAUGGUUCGAUAUAAUCAAACGCCAGCCAAUCAUAUAGUUAAACCAAUGUCGGCUGGUGAAAUGUGGCGUAUUUGUUGGACCAAAUCAGUUUAGCAUUGAGCUAGUUAGCUAGCUUUAAAGUUAGCUACUCCUGAGGGUGUCCACUGUCUAGAUUGGAGCGGAAGAAAUUCCAGGCACUGGGAAGAAGGGAAGAAAUCUCAACUGGGAUGCCUUACGCAAGUUAGGAAAAAAUGUAUUUUAAUGUUCCGCCUGUAAUCAUGACACUAUUAACCCGAAGCAUGUGUUCGUUUGACUGAUAUCAAAUUGCAGGAACGAUUUGAUGGUAGCUUUGUAACCGUUAACGUACCAGUUUAGCGAGUUAGCCACGUAGCUAAAGGUACGCAGCCCUCAGUAGGAGGACAUUUAAAAUGGCGGAGGGCUGGCCCAUUCCUUCGGCCCUUGUCUUGAUGCUUUUGAGUUUGAGUGCCUGGGCUCUGGAGUCUUGUCCCGCUCCUUGCUCGUGUUCUAAAGGACAAGAUGCUGUCCAUAUUUUGGACUGCAACAGGAAAAGACUGUCCACGGCUCCUGUGGACCCACCAGAUGGGAUAACACAAGUCACCAUGAAUCACAAUGAGCUGACUGUUCUUCCCUCUCUUGGAGAUGUUUCCUCAAAUAUCACCUCAAUUUCAUUAGUCCACAAUCGGAUCUCAGAGCUGUUGAUGCAUCAGCUGCAGCCAUACGUUUCCUUGGAGACACUGGACCUGACAUCCAACUCAAUCUCUGAGCUCAAAGUUGGAUCCUUCCCCUCCAUGCAGCUGAAAUAUCUGAAUUUGAGUAAUAACAAGAUCAGCGUCCUCGAGCCUGGCUGCUUUGAAAACAUCUCCAGUUCCCUGCUGGUGCUGAAGCUGAACAGGAACAGAUUAGCUGUGCUGCCAUCCAAAGUCUUCAAACUUCCACAGCUUCAGUUUCUUGAAAUGAAGCGUAACAAGAUCAAGAUAGUGGACAGUCUGACAUUUAAAGGGAUGGAGUCACUAAGGUCACUGAAGAUGCAAAGGAACAGCAUCACUAAGCUCAUGGAUGGAGCUUUUUUUGGACUUAACAACAUUGAAGAACUAGAGCUGGAGCACAAUAACCUAACAGAGGUCAACAAAGGCUGGCUCUAUGGACUGCGCAUGCUGCGUAUCCUGCGGGUCAGCCAGAAUGCUGUCGGCAUCAUCCGACCAGACGCCUGGGAGUUUUGCCAAAAGCUGGAAGAACUAGACUUGUCCUUCAAUCAUCUGACCAGACUUGAGGAGACGGCCUUCGUAGGAUUAGGACUCCUGGAGAACCUGAACCUCGGAGAGAACUCCAUCAUCCAUUUGGGAGAGGGAGUGUUCAGUGGCCUGGCAAGUCUGCGCACCCUGGAUAUCCGCAAUAAUGAAAUCUCCUGGGCCAUUGAAGACUCCAUUGGUGUGUUUAAUGGAAUGAAGAAGCUGAACACACUGAUCCUACAGCAGAAUAAAAUCAAAUCAAUCACUAAGAAAGCGUUUGAGGAUCUGGAGGAGCUGGAGCACCUUGACCUCAGCAAGAAUGGCAUCAUGUCGAUACACCCCGAGGCGUUGUCCCAUAUGAAUCUCAAAGUGUUUGUCCUGAACACGAGCAGCCUGCUGUGUGACUGCCACAUGCAGUGGUUGGGGCCUUGGCUGACUGCCAGCCAGUUCCAGCAGUCGGUCUCUGCUAUCUGUGCUCAUCCUGCCAGCCUACUUGGUCACAAUGUCCUGUCCAUCAGCCCGGAAAAGUUUGUUUGUGAUGAUUUCCCCAAGCCUCUGAUCUCAACUCACCCAGAGACGCAUGUGGCACUGCGGGGGAACAACGUGACUCUGAGCUGCGUUGCGUCCAGCAGCAGUGAUUCGCCAAUGACAACAGCUUGGCGGAAGGAUGGGGAGGUGCUGUAUGAUGCAGAAGUGCAAAACUACGCCCGGUACCAGGAGGGAGAACUGAUCUACACCACUGUGCUUCACCUCCUCAAUGUCAACUUCACUGAUGAGGGACGCUACCAGUGUGUGGUCUCCAAUCACUUUGGCUCCAACUACUCCAACAGGGCCAAGCUUACUGUCAAUGAGCUGCCAUCCUUUCUUAAGACUCCCAUGGAUCUGACGAUCCGGACUGGGACUAUGGCCCGGCUGGAGUGUGCUGCUGAAGGCCAUCCAUCACCCCAGAUUGCUUGGCAGAAGGAUGGAGGCACUGACUUCCCUGCUGCCCGGGAGCGCAGGAUGCACGUGAUGCCAGAUGAUGACAUCUUCUUCAUUGCUAACGUGAAGACGGAAGACAUGGGAGUGUACAGCUGUACAGCUCAAAAUGCAGCUGGCAGCCUGUCUGCAAACGCUACUCUCACUGUCCUGGAAACUCCAUCCUUCAUGCGGCCGCUGGAAGACAGAACCGUGGCCCGUGGUGAAACUGCUGUGCUUCAGUGUAUAGCUGGAGGCAGCCCAGCCCCUCGUCUCAACUGGACCAAAGAUGACGGGCCUCUGGUACUCACCGAGCGCCACUUCUUUGCUGCAGCCAACCAGCUCCUUAUCAUAGUUGAUGCUGGUCAUGCUGAUGCUGGGAAAUACACCUGCAUCAUGUCUAAUACUCUGGGAACAGAACGUGGUCACAUCUACCUCAGCGUCUCACCAUCACCAAACUGUGAUACCGGCUCGGGAUACGACCAGGACGGCUGGACCACCGUGGGCAUUGUGGUGAUUGUGGUGGUGUGUUGUGUGGUCGGGACCUCGCUGGUCUGGGUCAUUGUAAUCUAUCACAUGCGCAGGAAAAGUGAGGACUACAGUAUCACCAACACAGAUGAGAUGAAUUUGCCAGCAGACAUCCCCAGCUACCUGUCCUCUCAGGGUACUUUGUCAGAGCCUCAGGAAGGUUACAGUACCUCUGAGGCAGGCAGCCACCAGCAGCUCAUGCCUCCUCUCUCCAAUGGAUACAUCCAUAAGGGCACAGAUGGUGUGUGUUAUGGAGACACGGGCAGCGAGGUGGAAACUGAGGGGAAUGGCAUGCUGCACUGCAGGGUUGGCUCUUUGUUCACUGGCCGUAGCAGCUUUCACCCUGGAGAGCCCCGCGAGGGACUAGUUGGACUCUCCACAGGUGGUGCAGCUCCUCUGGUCAUCUGCUCCGACUGCUACGACAACGCAAACAUCUACUCUCGCACCAGGGAGUACUGCCCCUACGCCUAUCUGGGGGAGGACGACCCGCUGGACAGGACUCUACCGGGCCUGAAGGAGAGCUUCAGCGAGCAUGCCCAGCACGAGGACACGGCACUGGAGAGCCUCAUCAGCAACCUGGACUCCUCCGUCUUUCUCGCCUCGCACGACAAAAGGUUGAGCAGCCACACUCCCCCGGAGCGUUAUGCUAAUGAUUCUCUCAGCAGGUCCUUCUGGGAUGAAGGGGAAGAUCCGUCCUCGAAACCCCCAACAGGCGCAUCCCAGCGCCCAGUAACAGUACACAGGACACCACCUCUGGCCUCCACUGCCGACGGGGCAGAGGAACCGAGCGGGGCGGAGGCAGACUUCUUUUCCAGCCAAUUAACACAGGACCACAGAAGUGCCUCUAACAGGACUAACCCUCAGGAGCAUCCUGCUCCCACAUAAGUCCUUUCGCUCCGCCCACGUUCUGCUCCGGACUCCUCGUUGCUGCACCCCCACCUCCCUUCACCCACUACCUCCAAAGAGACUCCUUACAUUCUGCCAAAGAUGCUCUCUUGUAUGUUUACAUUCCCCUUUCGCUCAAGAGGACAUACUAUCGUUCUCCACAGUGGAGAAAACCGUUGCGUCAGACUGGAGAAACGGACCAUUGAUUAAAUGGCCCUCCUCCUUGACCCCUCUGCAGGACCCUCUUCUCCCACAUCCCUCACUUUUCUUUGUUCUCUUUCUAGAGAAAGCUAUGAAUGUAUGCUUUUAAAGAGCCAUGUCGGAUGCUGCCGUGAGAGGAGGCCACGACAUGGUCGAGUCUUUACAAGCUCUCUCUCCUCCGUCCCUGCCGCUGUGGCGCUGAAAUGUUGUGCCAGUGGCCGUCACACUGGCAGUUUUGUCUCAUCAUUCCUCGUACAGACACCUGUUUGAGCAGCCUACAUGAAAUUCAAACUACCUUUUCCCAAGUGGGGAAAAUGGAUGUUAAAACAGCUGACAAUUGUUGUUCCCUGACCAGCAGUUUGUGGUUGUUAAUAUAGGAAAGAAAAUAUGUCCUACAUUCCCACAGCCAUCCUGACAAAACUGACUCAAAACUAUGCUAUCUGGACGGUGACACCAAAAUGCGGUGUAUAUUAUGAAUAUAUCCUAUAUCAUCUUUAUCUGAUCUUGUUUUUUGUUGUCCUAUGUCAAACGCAAUUGCUAAUUCCUUCAUUUUAUGUCUUUUGUAAUGAUAAGCAGUUUGGAGAGAAAGCGUACAAUUUCUUUUGCACAUGUGACAAUCAUGGUUUUGCUGGCUAUUUUCUAAUGGUUGUCUGUUGGAUGGCCUUUUUAACAAGCAUUUUCAGUAACCUCGAUCAGGUGAUAUUAUGGCUUAUAUACAGUAUGCACUGAUUUGUUUUCCCCCUUUAUCCUAUCUUCCAGGCACUUAAUUUAAUGGUGGUAAACUUUGUUAUGCAGUGUGCAUGCCGUUUUUUAAAUUGUGAGGAUUUAUCAUCACAGUUUUAUCUCUAAAAGCUCAUGAUCCUUCCGUAGAUAUUGAUUAAGCCUAGAUUUUCACUUGGGACUGUGAAAAAUGAAAAUGUAUUGUAUUAUUUUAUAUAUGUAUGUAUGUAUGUAUGUAUGUAUGUACAUAAUGCUAGUAAUCUAUUGAAUUCCAUGUUUUACUAGCCCAUUUGCAGAAAGGUUUGAGACAUAAGCUGCAGUAAUUUUAAGCUUCUUCAUGUUAUGCCUUUUAUUGACAUAGCGUUAUCCUGAAGUUUUAAGCUCUUUGUUCAGGGAACAAGAUGAACACCUUUUUCUUGAGAAAUUAGUGUAAUUUUCGUCCUUACAGAAAGACAGUGACCAAACUGUUCCGUUUCCACGUCUGCUAUUAAAUUGCUUUGAGGAUUUGGAAAUGUAAAUGCCUCUCGUGUGAAAGAACGUGGUCUCGUUUAAUCAGAUUUGAUGUCAUGAGUUGUCCUUAAAAAAAUAGUUAUGUAUAUAUAAUUUAUAUUAAGCAAAUUACAUUCAGUUGUCAGUUUCAUAGGUACACCGAACUAGUGCACUCUUAAUACAGCAGUCUCUAAAUCCAACCUUCAUAACUUUAUGGUUAUUUUGGAGGAUGUUUGUGGUGCUGUUGAAUUGUAGUUUGUAUUGAGUUAUACCAAAAGGUGCUUCAAUUAUUUGAAUGUAAUACAGUUCAGCAGCACCACAACCUACUCAAAUAAUCAACACCGCUCUGAAACCGAUUCAACAAAAACUGAACAUUAAAACCUUUUUUAUGAAGGUUGGAUUUAUUUCAGGACUGUUGUGUCGCACUACAAUAGUUUUAGCUUGGUGUACCUAAUAAACUGGCAACUGAGUGAUAUCAUUCUCCAUUGACAUGAUGUCUGACAACAAUAUUUGAAAGUUUAUUUUUGUUAUUGUCAUUUCUGGUAUGUUGAUAAUCUGUACUGCUACUUUCUGCUCUUUUAUUUUGGAACAAGAAAGGGUUUGUCAUGUUCCUUUUCACGCUUUUUUUUUUUUUUG